AUGGUGUCGCAGCUUUGUCGCCACAUUCUGUAUGAGCCCUUGGAGCUUAAUUUACAUUUAAUGGACGCAAAAACGAACAAUCUAAACAAACGUCAAAAAAAGUCACAAUUUCGUAACUAUUGUCGAGAAAAGAAGCGUAAGCUAGAGCUUUCACUGAAGAAUCUCGAUGAUGUCACUCUCGAUAGGGAUUCCGAGCAGAAUCCCGCAAAUUAUGUAGAUAAGGAUGUUAUAGAAACUAGAAUUCAUGUUCCAAAGGCCAAAUACGCCAUAGCUUUCGGGUACCUUGGAACUCGCUAUCAUGGGUACCAAAAACAAGUGGAGUACGGUACAGGGGAUAUGAACAAAGUGGAGACCAUAGAGGGUACUAUGGAGUCUGCAUUAGUUGAGAUAGGGGCCAUAAAUGAAGUAUAUCGCAAUCUUCCCUAUAAAUUACAACUUUCCAAAUCUUCUAGAACGGAUAAAGGUGUUCAUGCUGGUUGUACAUACAUAGCAGGGCGGUUUGAAAUUCCUGAACUCGAGGAAGAAGUUGGUACAAAGGAGGAGUUCUUCAUCAGAAAACUAAAUGAUGCGUUGCCGAAUGAUAUUAGAUGUUUCCAAAUUGUUAGAGUGACCAAAGGAUUUGAUGCAAGAACAAUGUGUUCUAAGCGUAAAUAUGAGUAUAUUAUUCCGGAGAAAAUUUUGCUAAAAAGGUAUAAAUUUGGAAGUGAUAAAUAUAAAGAACUUCACAAUAAUUUAUCUUCUUUAUUUUCUCAAUAUGAUAAAAGCAAGGAUCCCAUAAAAUUAUCAAAAGUUGAGGGUGAAUAUAACAUGGACCAUGGAUUUUACGAAGAUUCAACACUAGACAUAGAACUGAUAAAAGAGAUAAUGGAUAUGUACGUUGGUACACAUGAUUUCCAGAAUUUUACCGUACGCCAAAAAGUACAGGGAUCAACAACACAACGCUAUAUUCAUAAGACAAAGGUUAAUAUUUUUACACUAUCAAAUAUAUUUCAUCAGAUUAAAAAAGAUGUGAUUGGAAAUGGUCAAAAUGUUGUUCGUAUAACAAUAGUUGGCCAAUCAUUUUUGUACAACCAAAUAAGGAAGAUGAUUUCCAUGGCAAUAGAAACAUAUCUUAAUCUAGCUCCAAAGUCGACAAUUGCGUUUUCUUUAUUCAAUAAUCGUAUAUUGAACACGAAUAUAGCACCUUCGGAAGGCCUAGUUUUGCAUCAUCCAUAUUUCGAUUCUUACAAUAUGACCAGAUGCAGUCCACCUCAAACCCCUUAUAUACUCUAUAAAGAUAUUAAAGAAAAGGUAGAAAAAUUUAAGGAAGAACAAAUUUAUCCUGAAAUUGCAAAUUCGUUCGGUGAUAAUGUGUACGUUUUUGGGUUCUUUAUCAACAUAACUCAGAUGGGAAAAUUGGAUGUGUAA